AUGGCUUGGGGUUCCCUGGCUCAGUUCCUGUUGGCCUGGAUGGCACUGUCAUGUGUGGCGGGUGGCCAGGGCCGCUGGGACGGGGCUGCGGGGCCUCUAAAUCCAGGACGGGUGCGAAGGCGAGGUGGCCCAGGUGUCUUGCAGGGGCCAAAUGUGUGUGGCUCUCGCUUCCACUCCUACUGCUGUCCUGGCUGGAGGACGCUACCUGCUGGGAACCAGUGUGUCGUCCCUGUCUGCCGCCACCCCUGUGGUGAGGGCUUCUGUUCCCGGCCCAACCUGUGCACCUGUUUGGAUGGAACGCUGGCCCCUAGCUGCGGGGUGAGCCCAAGGACAGGGUGCGGCGUGAGCUGCCUGAAUGGGGGCAGCUGCAGAGGGGAGACCUGCCUGUGCCAGAGGGGCUAUAUGGGCACCGUGUGUGGGCAGCCCAUCUGUGAUCGCGGCUGUCACAACGGGGGCCGAUGUGUGGGGCCCAACCUCUGCGCCUGUGUGUAUGGCUUCAUGGGGCCGCAGUGUGAGAGAGACUACCGGACAGGGCCCUGCUUUGGCCACGUGGGUCCUGAGGGGUGUCAACACCAGCUGACUGGCCUUGUCUGCACCAAGUCGCUCUGCUGUGCCACUGUGGGCCAUGCCUGGGGCCUCCCAUGUGUGCUCUGUCCUCCUCAGCCACACCCCUGCCGCCGUGGCUUCAUCCCCAAUGUCCGAACAGGGGCCUGCCAAGAUGUGGAUGAAUGCCAGGCUGUCCCAGGCCUGUGCCAGGGGGGCAGCUGCAUCAACACAGUGGGCUCUUUCGAGUGCCGCUGCCUGGCAGGACACCGGCUCAGUGAGGGCAGUGCCAAGUGUGAAGACCACCGGGCUGGCACCUGCUUCUCGGCAUUGAUUGGGGGCCACUGUGCCAGGGACCUUGCUGGCCACCAUACUCGCAGGCAGUGUUGCUGUGAUGUGGGCAGGUGCUGGGCAGCCGGCCGGACACCAGAGCUAUGUCCUCUGCGGGGCUCCGAUGAGUUCCAGCGACUGUGCACCCAGGGGCUCCCACUUCUGCCCUCCUACCCCGGCCCCUUCCCCGGCCUCCCAGGCUUUGGGUCCACCGGAAGGGGUCCUGGUCUUGGGGGGCCAGCACGACACAGCCAGCAUGGCACCAACGGGCGUUGGGUCCCCAGCCUGGGCACCAGGGACUCUAACAUUGGCACUGCCACGCUGAACCAGACCAUAGAUAUCUGCCGCCACUUCACCAACCUGUGCCUCAACGGCCGCUGCCGGCCCACCCCAUCCAGCUACCAGUGCGAGUGCAAUGUGGGCUUCACACAGGAUGUUCGGGGAGAGUGCAUCGACCACGAUGAGUGUGCCACCACCAGCAUGUGCCUCAAUGGGGUGUGUCUCAACGAGGAUGGCAGCUUCAAAUGUCUGUGUAAACCUGGCUUCCUGCUGGCGCCUGACGGCCGCUACUGCCUGGACAUCGACGAGUGCCAGACACCUGGAAUCUGCAUGAAUGGCCACUGCACCAACACUGAAGGCUCCUUCCACUGCCGGUGCCUGGGUGGGCUGGCAGUGGGUGCUGACGGGCGCAUCUGUGUGGACACCCACGUGCGCAGCACAUGCUAUGGGGCUGUCGAGAAGAGCUCUUGCGUCCGCCCCUUCCCUGGCGCUGUCACCAAGUCCGAGUGCUGCUGUGCCAGCCCAGACCACGGGUUUGGAGAGCCCUGCCAGCUGUGUCCUGCCAAGACCUCUGCCGAGUUCCAGGCUCUCUGCAGCAGUGGCCUAGGCAUCACCACAGAUGGCAGAGACAUCAAUGAGUGUGCCUUGGACCCCGACAUCUGCACCAACGGCAUGUGCGAGAAUCUUCGGGGCAGCUACCGCUGUGUCUGCAACCUGGGUUAUGAGGCGGGCGCAGCGGGCAAGGACUGCGUGGAUGUGGAUGAGUGCGCCCUCAACAGCCUCCUGUGUGACCACGGAUGGUGCCGAAACAGCCCUGGCAGCUACAGCUGCUCCUGUCCCCAAGGCUUCAGCUUCCAGCAGGACACGGAGACCUGCGAAGAUGUCGACGAGUGCCUUUCCGCCCCGUGUGUGAGUGGCAUGUGCCGGAACCUGGCUGGCUCCUAUUCCUGUGAGUGUGCCCCUGGCAGCCGCCUGGGGCCCUCUGGUACCGUGUGUCUAGACAGCACCAAGGGCACCUGCUGGCUGCAGGUUCAGGACAGCCGCUGCGAGGCGAACCUCCAUGGAGCCACCCUGCGGGCUGAGUGCUGCGCCACCCUGGGAGCCGCCUGGGGCAGCCCCUGCGAGCGCUGCGAGAUUGACCCUGCCUGUGCCCAGGGCUUUGCGCGCACAGAGGGCCUCACCUGCACAGAUGUGAACGAGUGUGAAGUCUUCCCCGGGGUCUGUCCCAACGGGCGCUGCCUCAACUCGGCUGGCUCCUUCCGUUGUGAUUGCCCACAGGGCCUGACACUAGAUGCCACGGGCCGGCUGUGUGUAGACAUGCGCCUGGAACCAUGUUUCUUGCGCUGGGACGAGGACGAGUGUGGGGCCCCCUUGCCCGGCAAGUACCGUAUGGACGUCUGCUGCUGCUCCAUCGGGAUGGCGUGGGGUGCCGAGUGCGAGGCAUGCCCGGGGUCUGGCUCCCUGGAGUUCACCAAUCUGUGCCCACGGGGGCUGGGCUUCACCAGCCAGGAUUUCCUGUCUGGCCGGCCUUUCUACAAAGACGUGAACGAGUGUAAAGCGUUCCCUAGCCUGUGCACACAAGGCUCUUGCCGUAACACCGUGGGCAGCUUCCAAUGCACCUGCGCCGGGGGUUUUGCCUUGGACGCGCGUGAGCAAAACUGCACAGACAUCGACGAGUGCCAUAUCUCCCCGGACCUCUGCGGCCAGGGCACCUGCGUCAACACCCCUGGCAGCUUCGAGUGCAGGUGUUUCCCGGGGUUCGAGAGCAACUUCAUGCUGAUGAAGAACUGCAUGGACGUGGACGAGUGUGCACGAGAUUCACUGCUCUGCCGGGGCGGCAGCUGCACCAACACGGAUGGGAGCUACCGGUGCCACUGUCCCCCUGGACACGAGCUGGCGGCUGAGGGCACUGUCUGUGAGGAUGUUGAUGAGUGCGCCCUGCAGCCCGGCCUGUGCCCCCACGGCCGGUGCAUCAACCUCAUUGGAGCCUUCCAGUGUGCCUGCCACACUGGCUUCCAGAGCUCGCCCGACCGCCAGGGCUGCGUGGACAUCAACGAAUGCGACACGGGAAACGGUGGGUGUGACGGGAGCUGCAUCAACACCAAGGGCAGCUACCAGUGCAGCUGUGGCCAGGGCUACUCACUGAUGCCCGAUGGGAGGGCAUGUGCAGACGUGGAUGAGUGUGAAGAGGACCCAGACAUCUGUCACGGGGGCCAGUGCUCCAACGUGCCAGGCAGUCACCGCUGCCUGUGCUAUGACGGCUUUGUGGCCACGCUGGACCUGAGCACAUGUGCUGAUGUGAACGAGUGUGACCUGAACCCCCACGUCUGCCUCCAGGGGGACUGUGAGAACACGAAGGGCUCCUUCAUCUGCCACUGCCAGCCAGGCUACAUCAUCAGGAAGGGAGCCAUGGGCUGUUCUGACGUGGACGAGUGUGAGCUGGGGAGACAUAGCUGUGACAGUCACGCCUCCUGUCUCAACGUCCCUGGGAGCUUCAGCUGCAGGUGCCAGCCAGGCUGGGUGGGGGAUGGCUUCACAUGCCAUGAUCUGGAUGAAUGUGCCUUCCAGGGGCAUCGGUGCAGCCCGCAUGCUGCCUGCCUCAACACCCCUGGCUCCUACCGCUGCACCUGCCACGAGGGCUUCGCCGGGGACGGCUUCUCCUGUGAUGACAGGGAUGAGUGCGCAGACAACAUGAACCUCUGUGAGAACGGGCAGUGCCUCAAUGCCCCUGGUGGGUACCGCUGUGAGUGUGAGAUGGGCUUCCACCCCACCAAGGACCACCAGGCCUGCCAGGACAUGGAUGAGUGUGCUUUCGGGAACCUCUGUGUGUUCGGGAGCUGCGAGAACCUGCCCGGAAUGUUCCGCUGCAUCUGUGAUGACGGCUAUGAGCUGGACCGAGGUGGUGGCAACUGCACAGAUGUCAACGAGUGUGCAGACCCCGUGAACUGCAUCAACGGCCUGUGUGUCAACACUCCUGGCAGCUACCUCUGCAACUGCCCCCCAGACUUCGAGCUGAACCCCAGCGGGGUGGGCUGUGUGGACACCCGGGUUGGGAACUGCUUCCUGGACACGCACGACCGAGGGGAUGGGGGCCUUUCCUGCGGUGCUGAGAUAGGGGUUGGCGUCGCCCGAGCCUCCUGCUGUUGCUCCUUGGGCCGAGCCUGGGGCAACCCCUGCGAGCUGUGUCCAAUGGCCAACGCCACUGAGUACAGAACCCUGUGCCCUGGUGGUGAGGGCUUCCGGCCCAACCCCAUCACCGUCAUUCUGGAAGAUAUUGACGAGUGCCAGGAGCUUCCAGGCCUCUGCCAGGGAGGCAACUGUGUGAACACCUUCGGCAGCUUCCAGUGCGAGUGCCCACCCGGAUAUCACCUGAAUGAGGACACCCGCCUCUGUCAGGACAUCGAUGAAUGCUCAGCACACUCGGGCAUCUGUGGCCCUGGCACCUGCUACAACACCCUGGGGAACUACACCUGUGUCUGCCCUGCCGAGUACCUGCAAGUCAAUGGCGGCAACAACUGCAUGGACAUGAGAAAGAGCAUCUGCUUCCGGCACUAUAAUGGCACAUGUCAGAAUGAGCUGUCCUUCAACGUGACCCGCAAGAUGUGCUGCUGCUCCUACAACAUCGGCCGGGCCUGGAACAGACCCUGUGAGGCCUGCCCCACCCCUGCCAGCCUGGAUUAUCAGAUCCUGUGUGGGAACCAGGUCCCCGGCUUCAUCACUGACAUCCACACAGGGAAGCCCCUUGACAUCGACGAGUGUGGGGAGAUCCCGGCCAUCUGUGAUGGUGGUGUCUGCAUCAACCAGAUCGGGAGUUUCCGCUGCGAGUGCCCCAUGGGCUUUGAUUUCAACAGCUUCCUGUUGGUCUGCGAAGACACAGAUGAGUGUGCGAGCGGGGAGAGCCCCUGCCAGCAGAACGCCGACUGCGUCAACAUCCCAGGCAGCUUCCGCUGCCAGUGCACUCGUGGAUACAGGCUCUCACCUGGUGGGGCCUGUGUGGGACGGAACGAGUGUCAGGAGAUCCUGAAUGUCUGUAGCCAUGGCAGCUGCGUGGAAACAGAGGGCAGCUAUGCAUGCCUGUGUCACCGUGGCUUCCGGGCCUCAGUGGACCAGACCAUGUGCAUGGACAUUGACGAGUGUGAGCAGCAGCCAUGUGCAAAUGGGACCUGCAAGAACAGCGUCGGCUCCUACAACUGCCUCUGCUUUCCUGGCUUCGCGGCAACGCACCAUGGGGAUUGCUUGGAUGUGGAUGAGUGCACCACCCUGGCAGGGCAGAUAUGCCGAUUUGGCCAGUGUCUCAACACAGCCGGCUCCUUCCACUGCCUCUGCCAGGAUGGCUUUGAACUUACAUCCGAUGGGAAAAACUGCAUGGACAUCAACGAGUGUCACAGCCUGGUGGGAACCUGCCUGCCAGGAACUUGCCAGAACCUAGAGGGUUCCUUCCGCUGCAUCUGUCCCCCCGGCUUCCAAGUGCAAAGUGACCACUGUAUUGACAUCAACGAGUGCUCAGAGGAGCCCACCCUCUGCCUCUUUGGCACCUGCACUAACAGUCCUGGGAGCUUCCAAUGCCUCUGCCCGGCUGGCUUUGUCCUGUCUGACAACAGGCACCGUUGCUUUGACACACGGUGGAGUUUCUGCUUCACCCAUUUCCAGAGUGGAAAGUGCUUGACACCCAAAGCUUUCAACACUACCAAGGCCCGGUGCUGCUGCAGCAAACAGCCUGGCGAGGGCUGGGGGGAUCCCUGCGAACUGUGUCCCCAGGAGGGCAGUGCCACCUUUCAGGAGCUGUGCCCCUUUGGCCAUGGGGCAGUGCCCGGUCCCGAUGACUCUCGAGAAGACGUGAACGAAUGUGCCGAGAACCCCCGCAUCUGCACAAACGGCCUCUGUGUCAACACCGAUGGCUCCUUCCGCUGUGAGUGCCCCUUGGGCUACAGCCUGGAUUUCACAGGCGUCACCUGUGUGGACACAGAUGAGUGCUCUGUCGGGCAUCCCUGUGGGGAAGGCACGUGCACCAAUGUUAUUGGAGGCUUCGAAUGCACCUGCGCUGACGGCUUUGAGCCUGGCCCCAUGAUGACCUGUGAGGACAUUGAUGAGUGCUCCUGGAACCCCCUGCUCUGUGCCUUCCGCUGCCACAACACAGAGGGCUCCUACAUGUGCACCUGCCCAGCUGGCUACGCCCUGCGGGAGGACAGAUCCAUGUGCCGAGACGUGGAUGAGUGUGCUGAUGGCCAGCAGGACUGCUACGCCCGUGGCAUGAUGUGCAAGAACCUCAUUGGGACCUUCGCAUGUGUCUGCCCGCCGGGCAUGCGGCCCCAGCCCAGCUCCGGCGAGGGCUGCUCAGAUGAGGAUGAAUGCUUCACCCAGCCCGGCCUCUGUGCCCCUGGCCGCUGUGUCAACACCGUGGGAAGCUACCGCUGUGACUGUGACAACGGCUUCCAGCCCAGCCCCUCCCUCACUGAGUGCCGGGACACCCGGCGUGGUUCCUGCUUCUCUGAGGUGCUGCAGGGCGUGUGCCCAGCGCCAUCAAGCAACGGUGAGGCAGUCGGCAGGGCAGAAUGCUGCUGUGCUGGGGGCCGUGGCUGGGGCCCCCACUGUGAGCUCUGUCCCCUGCCCGGCACCUCCACCUACAGGAAGCUGUGUCCCCAUGGCUCAGGCUACACCGCUGAGGGCCGAGAUGUGGACGAGUGUCGUGUGCUGGCCCACCUCUGCCCCCACGGCGAGUGCAUCAACAGCCUUGGCUCCUUCCACUGCCACUGCCAGGCGGGGUAUGCAGCGGACACUGCCACCACAGCCUGCCUGGAUGUGGAUGAAUGCAGCCAGACCCCCAAGCCAUGUAGCUUCCUCUGUAAAAACACAGAGGGCAGCUUCCUGUGCGCCUGUCCCCGCGGCUACCUGCUGGAGGAGGACGGCAGGACCUGCAGAGACCUGGAUGAGUGCUCCUCCAAGCGGCACAACUGCCAGUUCCUCUGCGUCAACACCGUCGGUGCCUUCACCUGCCGCUGUCCCCCCGGCUUCACCCAGCGCCACCAGGCCUGCUUCGACAAUGAUGAGUGCAUCGCCCAACCUGGCCCCUGUGGCACCCUUGGGCACUGCCACAAUACCCCAGGGAGCUUCCGCUGUGAGUGCUAUCGAGGCUUCACCCUGGACAGCUCUGGCCAAGGCUGUGAAGAUGUAAAUGAGUGUAACGGCCCCCACCGGUGCCAACAUGGCUGCCAGAACAAACUAGGAGGCUAUCGUUGUGGCUGUCCCCAAGGCUUCACCCAGCAUUCCCAGUGGGACCAGUGUGUGGACGAGAACGAAUGUGUGCAGUCGCCCGUGGCCUGUGGGACUGCCACCUGCCACAACACGCUGGGCAGCUUCCACUGUGUCUGCCCCUCGGGCUUCAGCUUUGACCAGGCCCUCCGCAGCUGCCAGGACGUGGAUGAGUGUGCGGGGAGGGGCGGCCCCUGCAGCUACGGUUGUGCCAACACCCCCGGUGGCUUCCUCUGCGGCUGCCCCCAAGGCUACUUCCGGGCUGGGCAGGGGCACUGUGUCUCUGGCCUGGGUUUCAACGCCGGACCCCAGGACGCUCCUGACAAGGAACUGCUGCUGUCACCCCAAGCCUGUUACGAGUGCAAAGUCAACAGCCUCUCCCCACGGGACCGGCCACGACGCAGCACCCACGGGGACCACCAGGUGAGCCUGGCCAGCCUGGACUCAGAGGCCCCCCUGACCUUGGGCCUGAACCUCUCGUGCCUGGGCCAUGGUGAGCACAUUCUGGAGCUGCGGCCAGCACUGGAACGUCCAGAAGGCCACGUCCGCUAUGUCAUUGCCCGUGGCAACAAGCAGGGCUUCUUCCAUAUGCAUUACCUCGGAGGCCUCAGCGCCCUGCGUCUGGGCCAUCGGAGGCCGGCGCCUGGGACCUACUGGCUCGAGGUGGUGAGCGUGGCCAGGCCCUGGAGCACGAGGCCGGAGGGGAGGCCAGAGCCAGAGGCCCGGGCCUUGCGGCUGAAGGUGCAGCUGCAGCUGCUCUAG